UUUUCCCUGUCUUGUUAUUUUCACUCUUCUGUUCUUUUCCUCUGUGGUAAAACAAAAAUAAAACAAGUGAUAGAGCCCUCAUUCUGCAACUCUUCCACCUCUUAAUUUGGUUUCUUUCCUUUUCUCAAAAUCCGAGUAAAAGAACUAUCAACAUAAUUCUUCAUUUCUCUCUCCCUCCUCAUUCUUUUUCCUCUAAAGGCAAUUGAGUUUUCAUAUUUUUUCUUAAAUUUUAUUUGUUAAUUUCUUGCUUCAUGUGAAGUUAUAUAUAUAGAGAAAAUGCUACCAUUGCAGCUAUGAGAAUGACUUCACUUAUUUCCUCAUUAAUUUUCACCAUCAAAUACAUAGUUAUUGCGAUUCUCCUUCUUCUCCUUCUCUCUCCUUCCUACUAUUCUUUAAGUCCUAAACAUGGAACCCUAGACUCUACUCAGGAUGUUUUGGUUGAAGAGAAAACAAGAUUGGGAUCAAUGCCACCGAGUUGUUACAACAAGUGUAACCAAUGCCACCCAUGCAUGGCAGUUCAGGUUCCAACCCUACCGAGCCACAACCGAGUUGAACCAAGUCGUGGUCAUAAUCUGGUUCGAACCCAAUACUACAAUACUGCAGAGUCGUCGCUUUCACCUUCUGGGACCAAUAGCAGGUACUCCAAUUACAAGCCACUUGGAUGGAAAUGCAGAUGUGCUGGUCAAUUCUAUAAUCCUUAAAUUGUAUUAAGGGUAGUCCGGUACACAAAAUAUCCUACAUUUACGCAGGUUCUGGGGAAGGGCCGCAUCCCAAGGAGUUGUGAUAUAGGCAACCUACUUUGAUGUAAACAUGAACAGAUUCCGCCGCUUGAAGCCGUGACCUAUAAGGUCGCACGGUAACAACUUGACCGUUGCUCCAGAAUCCCCUUUAUAAUCCUUAAUUGUCUAAUUAUUAUAAUUUUAGGACUAAGAGUUACAAUUAACAUGUUGAAUAUGUUAAAAAAUCUUGUAUUUAGAAGAUUAA